AUGCAGUUUCUAGGUUUGUUUCAAACAAUUAUAAGGAGACAAUUGGCUACAGCUGCCAAGAGUGCUGGUCCUAAAUUAACUGAUGUUUUAAUUGUGGGUGGUGGUCCAGCAGGGUUGACUUUAGCAACCGCUAUUAAGACAUCUCCAAUACUUUCCGGGUUUAAAACUACAUUAGUAGAUUCUCAAAAUUUAACAGAUAGAGUAGCCAAAUUCUAUGAUAAUCCACCAGAAGAAUUCACAAAUAGAGUUGUUUCUUUAACUCCUAAGUCGAAGAAAUUUUUAACUGAAACUUUGGGAGUGCCUUUGAUGAAUGAUAGAAUUCAAUCCUAUGAUGGAUUGUAUGUUAUAGAUGGUAUGACUGAUGCAAGAAUGGCUCUUGAUCAAGACGGAAUGUUAGAUAUGAUAGAGAUCUUAAAUAUUCAAUCAUCUCUAUUACAUCGUUUAAACCAUUUGAAUUUAAAUGAAGGAAGUUUUGAAAUUAAAGAAGAGGUGAAAGUAACUAGUAUCGAAUCAUCCACUAAAGGUGAUCCAACAUCCUGGCCAAUUGUCACCUUAAGUAAUGGUGAACAAUAUAAGACCAGAUUAUUAGUUGGUGCAGAUGGGUUUAAUUCUCCAGUAAAGAAAUUCUCAGGGAUUACUACUCGUGGUUGGCCUUAUGAUACAUUUGGUAUGGUGGCUACAUUAAAAUUGAACCCAUUAUCACCUUUCGCUAAAUUAAGGGGAUGGCAAAGAUUUUUAAAGACUGGACCAAUCGCUCACCUUCCAUUACCUGGUGAUAAUGCUACUUUAGUUUGGAGUACUAAAGGUAACGAAUUGUCCCAACUAUUGAUUCAAUUAGAUCCUAAGGUAUUCUCUUCACUUGUUAAUGCUGCAUUUAUUUUGGACGAUGCUGAUCUGGAUUAUUAUUAUAAGAUCCUAGGUGAAAAUCCAAAUGACUCAGUUACUAAUGAAUCAGUCAUUGACGAUAUAACCCAAAGAAUUAAUCAAGUUUGGGAUUCAUUGAAGAACGAUUCCUUAAUCGAUGAACGUUACCCACCACAGGUUAUCGACAUUGUUGAUAAGACAAGAGCAAGGUUCCCAUUGAAGUUAAGUCACGCCGACAUAUAUUGUAGUGACAGAAUUGCUUUAGUAGGUGACGCUGCUCAUACUACACAUCCUUUGGCUGGACAAGGUUUAAACAUGGGUCAACAUGAUGUUGAAGAACUGACAAGAGCUUUAGAAAAGGGUACUUUACGUGGUCUCGAUAUCGGUUCUAUGUUAUGUCUUGAACCAUUCUGGGGAGAAUGUUAUCCUUUCAACAACGUAAGAUUAGGAAUGGCUGAUAAAUUACACAAGAUAUAUGGAACUAACUUUACACCCGUUGUACAAUUGAGAUCUCUAGGUUUACAACUUACUGACAGUCUUGGUCCGGUCAAGAAUCUAUUAAUUAACACGCUAACUGCUGGCAGCUCGAAAUAG